CAACGUUUUUUCAUCACCGUGACAUAAACUACUUUACUUUUCUCAGACAUGUCAGAUAAAGGUAGAGGCAGAGCGCGUGGACGCGCUGGACGCGGCGCUGGCGGUGGAGGCCCAGCACCCCGUAAACCUGGGGAACACCCAGGGCCGUCUGCACAACAGCAGGGUCCAAGGCCGCAGCCCCCAUCUGCUUGGGGGCCCCCAACCGUAGCGCCGCCAGUUAGAGCCGGGGUUCCUACACCGAGUGUACAAGCUGGUAGAGCUUCUCAUCGCACGACGCCAUCCACUCACGAUCAUCCUGGCGAUGUUGAUAUUCAACAACGAAUGCAAAAAAUUGAUAUUGGUCAAGGUGCUCAGGCUGGUGCAGCAGGUGAUCCGUCAAGCUCUGUGGUUGGUCGUGGCUCCCGUCGAGGUGGCGGCAGAAUCUUGCCUGAACAAAUGACUAUUCUCAGAACACGUCCCACACAUAUAACCACAAAAAAAGGAUCUUCUGGUACUCCAAUUGAUCUCCUUGCAAACUAUUUUACUGUGGAAACAACACCACAGUGGCGUCUGUACCAAUAUCAUGUGGACGUUACACCAGAAGAGGAUAGUACUGGUGUACGCAAAGCACUACUUCGUGUGCACAGCAAAACCCUAGGCGGGUAUUUAUUUGAUGGUACUGUGCUCUACACUGUGAAGAGGCUCCAUCCAGACCCAAUGGAACUGUAUUCAGAACGUAAAACUGAUGGUGAACGGAUGAGAUUGAUAGUUAAGCUUGUCCAUGAUGUGAGUCCAGGAGACUAUCAUUAUAUACAAAUUUUUAAUAUCAUAAUUCGAAAAUGCUUCAAUCUCUUACAACUGCAACUUGUGGGACGUGAUUUCUUUGAUCCUGAAGCAAAGGUUGAUAUCCCAGACUAUAAAUUACAAAUCUGGCCAGGAUACAAAACUACAAUCAACCAGUAUGAGGAUAGAUUGUUGAUGGUCACUGAAAUUGCGCACAAGGUGUUGCGAAUGGAUACAGUCCUGCAAAUGUUGAAUGAAUAUGCCGCUAGCAAACCAAAUUACAAGAAAAUCUUUUUGGAGGAUAUUGUUGGCAAAAUAGUUAUGACAGAUUAUAACAAAAAGACCUAUAGGAUUGAUGAUAUUUCAUGGGAUGCCUCUCCUCGUUCGACAUUUAAAAUGAAGGAAGAGACUAUCACCUACAUGGACUAUUAUUAUAAGAAAUACAAUAUUAGAAUCCAGGAUGUUGGUCAGCCUUUGCUAAUAUCUCGUUCGAAGCCGCGCGACAUCCGCGCCGGCAUGCCAGAGUUAGUUUAUUUGGUGCCGGAACUAUGCAGACAGACUGGUCUCUCGGACGCCAUGCGUGCCAACUUCCAACUCAUGAAAGCGCUCGAUGUUCACACCAAGAUCGGUCCUGAUGUCCGCAUCAAGAAACUGCUCGCCUUUAAUCGUCGCCUCACACAGACGCCCGCCGUUGUAGAUGAACUGGCAACUUGGUCCCUCAGACUGUCAAACAGUUUAGUAAAAUUCAAAGGCCGUCAGCUGCCUAAAGAAAACAUCAUCCAAGGUAAUGAUGCAAGAUAUCCUGCUGGUGACACCACCGAAGGCUGGACAAGGGAUAUGAGGUCUAAAAAUCUUCUGUCUAUCGCAUCAUUACAAUCAUGGGUACUGAUAACACCUGAGAGACAGCGUCGUGACGCAGAAGGAUUCGUAGAUUUUAUUAUCAAAACAGGAAAUGGAUGUGGUUUUCGCCUUCCUAAACCUGAUGUUGUGACGAUACCGAGGGAUGGACCAAUGGAUUAUGCCAAUAUGUGUGAAAAUGUUAUUGCUAGAAAGAAUCCAGCAAUGAUACUUUGUGUACUUGCAAGAAAUUUUGCGGACAGAUAUGAAGCAAUUAAAAAGAAAUGUACAGUUGACAGAGCUGUACCAACACAGGUUGUGUGCGGUAGAAACCUGACUAGCAAGUCUGCUAUGUCCAUUGCCACUAAAGUUGCCAUACAAAUCAAUUGUAAGUUGGGCGGAGCGCCAUGGACUGUGGUGAUACCGUUGAAGACUAUGAUGGUGAUCGGCUACGACGUGUGUCACGACACGCGUUCGAAGGAGAAGAGUUUCGGAGCGUUUGUUGCUACCCUCAAUCAGCCGAUGAGCCAAUACUACUCCACAGUCAACGCGCACACGUCCGGCGAGGAGCUCAGCGCACAUAUGGGCUUCAAUAUAGCGUCCGCUGUCAGAAAGUACCGCGAGAAACACGGAGUAUUACCUAGUCCCAUCUUUGUAUACCGAGAUGGUGUUGGUGAUGGUCAAAUCGCUUAUGUCCGUGAUUAUGAGGUGGCGGAAAUCAAGAAGACUUUGAAUGAGAUCUACCAAGGGCAAGAGUACAAGCUGGCGUUCAUCAUUGUGUCAAAACGCAUCAACACUCGCAUUUUCGUGGACACCGGACGAGGUGGAGAGAAUCCACGUCCUGGCACUGUGAUCGACGACGUCGUCACUCUGCCUGAAAGAUACGAUUUCUACUUAGUGUCUCAAAAUGUCCGCGACGGAACCAUUGCGCCCACUUCGUACAACGUAGUUGAAGACACCACUGGGCUUUCGCCUGACCGGAUUCAGCUGUUGACCUACAAACUAACCCAUCUGUAUUUCAACUGUUCAUCUCAAGUUCGUGUGCCAUCUGUGUGCCAGUACGCGCACAAACUCGCCUUCUUAGCGGCUAACAGCCUACACAACCAGCCUCAUCAUUCACUCAACGAAACUCUCUACUUCCUUUAAACAUAUCUUUUAAGUCGUUCAUUUAAUUUUUGUUAAGUACUUUGCAGUCAUUUCCUUUUUUACUAGGUAUAUAACCUACUUAUAAUUUGAUUUAAUUAUUGACGCUACCUCACCCUGACAUUCAAUUACGGGUGUUAGUUUUUAAGAAAUAAAGAGUAAGGUACCUAGAUUCGAGAAGAACUGGGUUUAAUUUGAUAUUUUUGCAUUUAUGAUGACUGCACAUAAACUGGAGGUCGCCAGCCUAACUCAAAGCGAUAGAAAAAAGAAUGUUUUUUUUUUAAACAUUGAACAGGUUGUUUUUGAUAAUGAUCCGUUUUAAGUUUUUUAUAUAUUCAAUCAGAUAUUUUGUUCAUUUCAGAUUUCUGGAUUAUUAUUAAUUAUAUCAAGUUGUGCUUAUUUACACCGGUAAAUGGUAAAGUAGUAAGAUUAAUAAUAAAAAUUGUAUAUAUAAUUAUAAAAAAAAAAUUAUAAUAGAAUAAAUCACUCAUAAACCAUUCUCUUUUCCCUAUCCUUAGCAUUGAGUUAGGCAGGCGGCCCUUGGGGUUCGAUCGCUUAUCUCUCUAGCCAUAGGAAACGAUAUCUCAGAGAUCUAAUGGCGAUAUUUCGUUUUAUCUUUCUAAUGUCGUAUCCUAUGGCUAGAUAUUUAGGUGGUCGCAUCCCUGAUCUAAACUCGGUCCUAUCUAGUGGUAUUUAGUACUAAAACACUCAGUGAUUUACCACCGUUAGAUUACUUUUGAAUAUUUUUUGCGUAUAAUGAAUGAGCCUGGUGCGUAUGCAGAUCGUAAGAUGUGAUAAUUAGUUAGGGAGUGCUUUUUAGGAUCUGAUACAGUAUCUGAUUGUUGUUGAAUUUAAGAUAUUAGUUUUAAGACUGCAAAUUAAUGCAGAACUGCCAGUUGGCAUCUUUUAGUCAUAAGAUUUCGAUAUUUUUAUAGAAGUCACAAUAUACGUUUUAUACCGAGUAAAUUUGCUAGCAUAGAUAGUCAAAAGAUACUAGGAGACUGGGUUUUCAAAAAUAACGAGGGUUUUGU